AUGGCGAAGCUGAAGAAGAAAAGCACACCUGUUAGGACUAUAGAGAAAGCCAUUCAAGCCUUCGACCGGGAGACACUGAGCCGUAAAGCAGAGCCAAGCCGGUCUGAAGAUGCCUCGCUCGUUCCUGGUCAAGAGAAAGCAGUCGGCCUGCGCUGGAUGGCAGUGGCAGGAGCCGGAGCCGGAGCCCUGCUUCAGUCCAGACACAGUGUUUCACGGAAGAAAGAAAGCGCAUCUGUUCAGAGUCUCAGUGCUGGUCUGGAGUCAGUGUAUGAGCGCGCUCAUGCCGUCCACAAACACACAGCUGCUCUGGAGCGUCACAGGGAGGAUUAUGGGAUGGAGAGGGUUCAGCCGUCACACAGUUCUCGUCCUCCUCCAGCACUGGCCUCAGCGCCGCUCAACAAGGUGAAGCACCUGCAGAUCCUCAGGGUUUGGACCUGCGUGCUCAGGCAGCUCACGUGUGUCUCGCUCUGCUUCCAGGCAUGUGAAUCCAGCGGCUCGUCGGAGUUCCUGUGCUCUGCGUGUCAUAAAGUGUUUCCUCUGCAGCGCAUGCUGACGCGUCACCUCAAGUGCCACAGUAUGAUCAAGAGACACCCCUGCAGGUUCUGCGGGAAAGGCUUCAACGACACCUUCGACCUGAAGAGACACAUGAGAACACACACCGGUAUCCGUCCGUACCGGUGUGAUCUGUGUGAGAAAGCCUUCACGCAGCGCUGCUCUCUGGAGUCUCACCUGCGGAAGAUCCACGGCGUGCGGCAGCAGUACGCAUACCGCCAGCGGCGCUCCAAGAUCUUCGUGUGCGAGGACUGUGGCUUCACCUCCAACCGGCCGGACGAAUACUUCCUCCACAUCAGACAGCAGCACCCGAGCAGCCCGGCGCUGCGCCGUUAUUACCGCAAACACAUGCUGGAGAGCCCCGCGCAGCACAGCAUCGCCCCCUUCAUGCUGUACCCUGCCGCAGGACUCUACAUGUGAAGCACAGCAGUGCCGUUAGACUACAUGCAUACUAUGCACAGGAU